CGGCGGCGCGAACAUGGCGGCGGAGAUCCACUCCAGGCCGCAGAGCAGCCGCCCGGUGCUGCUGAGCAAGAUCGAGGGCCACCAGGACGCCGUCACGAGCGCGCUGCUGAUCCCCAAGGAGGACGGCGUGAUCACCGCCAGCGAGGACAGAACCAUCCGAGUAUGGCUGAAAAGAGACAGCGGCCAGUACUGGCCCAGCAUUUACCAUACAAUGGCCUCUCCUUGCUCUGCUAUGGCCUACCAUCACGACAGCCGGCGGAUAUUUGUGGGCCAGGAUAAUGGGGCUGUAAUGGAAUUUCACGUUUCUGAAGAUUUUAAUAAAAUGAAUUUUAUCAAGACAUACCCAGCUCAUCAGAACCGGGUGUCCGCCAUCAUCUUCAGCCUGGCGGCCGAGUGGGUGAUCAGCGCGGGCCACGACAAGUGUGUCAGCUGGAUGUGCACGCGGAGCGGGAGCAUGCUCGGCCGCCACUUCUUCACCUCCUGGGCUUCGUGUUUGCAAUACGAUUUUGAUACUCAGUAUGCUUUUGUUGGUGAUUACUCGGGACAGAUCACCCUGCUGAAGCUUGAGCAGAACACGUGUUCUGUUAUCACAACCCUUAAGGGACAUGAAGGUAGCAUUGCCUGCCUCUGGUGGGACCCUGUUCAACGGUUACUCUUCUCGGGAGCAUCUGACAACAGCAUCAUCAUGUGGGACAUCGGGGGCAGGAAAGGCCGGACGCUCUUGCUUCAGGGCCAUCACGACAGGGUCCAGUCAUUGUGCUACCUUCAGCUCACGAGGCAGCUUGUCUCCUGCUCGUCAGAUGGCGGAAUUGCCGUGUGGAACAUGGAUGCUAGCAGAGAAGAGGCUCCUCAGUGGUUGGAAAGUGACUCCUGUCAGAAGUGUGAGCAGCCCUUCUUCUGGAACAUAAAGCAGAUGUGGGACACAAAAACACUGGGGCUGAGACAGCAUCACUGCAGGAAAUGCGGACAGGCCGUCUGCGGGCGGUGCAGCAGCAAGCGCUCCAGUUACCCUGUCAUGGGCUUCGAGUUCCAGGUCCGAGUUUGCGACUCCUGUUAUGACUCCAUCAAGGAUGAAGACCGGACUUCUCUAGCCACCUUUCACGAAGGAAAGCAUAACAUUGUCCACAUGUCCAUGGACAUUGCUAGGGGACUGAUGGUGACCUGUGGGACGGAUCGCAUUGUGAAGAUUUGGGACAUGACGCCUGUGGUGGGCUGCAGCCUGGCAACCGGGUUUUCUCCACACUGAUCUGGGAGCCAGUGAUGUCUGCCACGCCUUAUGAACAGCGGCAUCCACCAAAUGAAGUCCUUCCCGUGUAGCUCGGCAACUCACGUCGUUUGAAUCAAACAUAGCCACCUAAAAACAAAUCAACAUUUUUUUAAAAAACAAAAAAACAUGUAAAGAUGUGUUUUGGAGUA